AGAGCUGCACGAUGACGUACGUGAAGUUAAAGCCGAACUAAGAUGGCAACAGAGCGAACAAAGUAACGAACUAUCAAGUCAAGUACUAGACGACAUGUAUACAAAUGUUGUAAAGUGCCUGUUCUCUCAAGACGUGUACCCUCCCAAAGCACUCUUAAGAAAUCCCUUAAGAAUUAUUUGGAGAAAAU